CUGAUUUGAGUGACAUCACCAGUUCCGUCCCAACGCGGAAAUGUGCAAUAUUUGUUAUUAUAAUAUAGGCUCAGUUGUCUGGCAUGUUACAGACAUAUGCUGAACUGUAGCAGUACUGUAAGUGAUUGAGUAUGCCGCUGUGAAGUUUUUCCGGUACUUUGUGAUUAUGGCGUUUUGUUGGAGCCCUUUCGACCUCAGUGUAUAUUUACUGACACGGACCUAGAACACGCCGCAACUUUAACCACAGACACACCUGGCAGAUUCAAGGAGAAAUGAUGGGCUGGAGGCAUUCGCUGCUGCUGUUGCUUAGCUUGGCUGGAAACGUGUCACGGUGUGAGGGAGGAAGUUCAGUCUCUCUCCCAGAAUCCCUGCUCUUUGUUUCUACACUGGAUGGAAGUCUGCAUGCUGUCAGUAAACAGACAGGAGACAUCAAAUGGACACUAAAAGAAGAUCCCAUCAUACAGGUUCCUACCUAUUUCCAAGAGCCAGGCUUUUUACCGGAUCCUAAUGAUGGCAGUCUGUAUGUACUAGGAGGCAAGCGCAAAGAAGGUCUGAUGAAACUCCCGUUCACUAUUCAAGAGCUGGUCCAGUCUUCUCCCUGCAGGAGCUCUGAUGGGGUGCUCUACACAGGUAAAAAACAGGACACUUGGUUUGUGGUUGAUCCUCAGACAGGUGAAAAACAGACGAGUCUAAGCACCUCUUCUUCAGACUCUAUUUGCCCUUCUGCCCCUCUGCUGUACAUUGGUCGCACAGAAUAUAUGAUCACCAUGUAUGAUACGAAGACUCAGGAACUCCGCUGGAAUGCCACCUACAAUGACUACUCCGCGCCUCUCUAUGAUGACAAAAAAUAUGAAUAUAAGAUGUCACACUUUGCGUCCAGCGGGGACGGUCUGGUGGUUACAGUGGAUCGGGACUCUGGUGAGGUGUUGUGGAUGCAGAAGUUUGAUUCUCCAGUGGCAGGGUUUUAUUUAUGGAGUCAGGACAGUCUGCGGCGAGCUCCUCAUCUGACGGUCGCAACAGAAACCCUGCGUUACCUGACCUUCACUGCAGAAAACACACAGUCCCACACCAUGAAGUGGGUCUACCAGUUCACAAAGGAGAACCACAGCACUAAGACUCAGCUAGUUCCUACUCUCUAUGUUGGCAAGACGGACUCUCAUCUGUAUGCUUCUACCUCUCUCGUGCACAAAGGUGUGGCAAUAGUGCCAAAAGGUCUUACACUUGCACGCAUUGAGGGGCCGAUCACCGCUGGCGUUACAAUGGGUAACGGGCGGCCUGAGUGUGAGAUCACACCCAGCACUGAUGUGAAAUAUCCACCAGGAAGCAGCAAUUCCCUGCAGAAUCAGUGGCUGCUGAUUGGUCAUCAUGAAGUGCCUCCUUUGGCUCACACCACCAUGUUGAGAGAUUUCCCAGAGAACUUGCAGCACUCUGGUGAAGUCAUCCCACCCCGAGCUUCUGGCUCUUCUUUCCGUUCUCCCUCUCACCCAUUGCCACCGGUAACAAAGCACAGCUCCUCCCCUGUGUUGCCGGACUCCUUGACCUCUGACCCCAUGACUGUGCUGGUGGUGACGCUGCUGCUUGGAGCAUGGAUUGCCUUCCUGCUAACACACAAAAGGCCUGUCAAAAAAUCCCAGAGAUCUGAAGAGCCAGUGGACUCUAACCCACUGCCAGUGUUGACCAAUCAGAGCGCUAACACAGAACCCAGUGCCUCAUCUUACAACAACAACAACAGCCAUUCAGAGAAGACCAGUUCUGUUGCAUCCAAUCAAACGCCAUUCUCAAGCAAAGACUCCGCCCCAUUUAGGACAGCUGGCCAAUCACAGAGUGAUCAGCCUGACAUUGUGGGAGUUGGUAAAAUCUCUUUCAGUCCUGCUGAGGUGCUGGGCCAUGGGACAGCGGGAACCUUUGUGUUCCGGGGUGAUUUUGACGGUCGGCGUGUGGCGGUAAAGCGUAUUCUUCCAGAGUGUGUGGAGUUUGCAGAGCGAGAGGUUCAGCUCCUCCGUGAAUCAGACGAGCAUCCCAAUGUCAUCCGUUACUUUUGCACAGAGCGGGACAGACAGUUCACUUACAUUGCCAUAGAGCUGUGUGCUGCUACACUCCAGCAGUAUGUGGAAGACCCAACCUGUCCUUAUUCAGACCUGAACCCAGUGUCCCUUUUGGACCAGACCAUAUGUGGCCUCAGUCACCUGCAUUCCCUCAAUAUUGUUCACAGGGAUUUAAAGCCACGGAAUAUUUUGCUCUCUCUCCCGGGGGCGUUGGGUCGAGUCCGGGCAGUGAUCUCAGAUUUCGGCUUGUGUAAGAAGCUUCCAGAUGGUCGCCAUAGUUUCAGCCUACGCUCUGGAAUACCGGGAACCGAAGGCUGGAUUGCCCCUGAAUUACUCAUAAAUGCUCCAAAAGGGAACCCUACAAGUGCAGUGGACAUAUUUUCAGCUGGAUGUGUGUUUUAUUAUGUGACGUCCAAAGGACAGCAUCCGUUUGGUGACACUCUGCGGCGUCAAGCUAAUAUUCUCUCUGGAGUCUAUAACCUCGACCACUUUAUGGAGGAUAUACAUGAGGAUGUGAUUGGCAGAGAUCUGAUUGAGCGGAUGAUCAGUGCUGAACCGGAGACCCGUCCUUCAGCAGCGUCCGUCCUCAAACAUCCUUUCUUUUGGAGCCCAGAGAAACAACUGCAGUUCUUUCAGGAUGUCAGUGACAGAAUAGAGAAGGAGCCAGCAGAUAGCGCUAUAGUGGCCCGUCUAGAAAACUCCGGCAGAUCUGUUGUAAGAACCAACUGGAGGAUGCACAUUUCAGCACCACUGCAGACUGAUCUUAGAAAAUUUCGCACAUAUAAAGGAAACUCUGUGAGAGACCUACUAAGAGCAAUGAGAAAUAAAAAACAUCAUUAUCAUGAGCUCCCACCAGAGGUUCAGACAGCUCUGGGUGAAGUCCCUGAUGGCUUCGUGGCAUAUUUUACCUCUCGUUUCCCCCGGUUACUGCUUCACACGCAUUCAGCGCUUGGCGUCUGUGCCCCCGAGAGACUCUUUCACCUAUACUACCACCACUGAACAUCCACAGAGACAUGCUUGUUUUUUCCUAUGCUGGACUGGAGACGAAAAGUAAGAUCCUUGAGGACUCUGUCAGUGUAUAAUUCUGAACUUCAGAACUGUGAGCACAUUUCGUUCCUAAACAUCCAACUGGACUUGCUGAAUGAAAUGUAAAGCUUUUUAUGCUUUUACAGAAACAGGUUUUAUAGGUUAGAUUAACCAAACAAGUUACUGAGUGGGCUUUUAUUAAUGGGCUUUUACAGAGCUGCCAUUGUUUGCUGCUGGUUUUAUCAUGUCAACCAAAUAGCAAAGAAAUAAAAAGGCCAUAUUUUCUGAUGAGUUGACAUCAGCCAGUUGAUUGGCAUGUGUUCUACCA